AUGCUUGUGACAAAGCACCUAGCAGAGCUAUGUUCUCUGGUUAUUGACGAUGUCUACGGUGAAUUACCAUCGCGCAUAUUUUCGACGCUCCUCACAAGAGGCCGAUCGACCCUGCCACAGCUUGUUCACUACACCUCCUUGACGUCUCGUCAGCUCCGACAUGGCCUCGCUGUCCUGAUUCAGCACAACCUGCUGUACUAUUCUUCCGGCUCCGGUCCUACCGCAUACGAAGCCAAUCCUGCCGCUGCAUACAACCUGAUCCGCAUGGGAAAGGUUGCUGACCUGGUUGGCACUCUACAUGGAGAGGCCGCUAAGGAUGUCAUCCAGAGCAUCAUGGUUCUGGGCAAUACAAGGAUUGGAGACCUUCGGGAUGCCUACGGGGUCAGGAUUGGGAAGCAUCAGUCGGCCCAUCGAGUCGCCAAUGGCGAUACGAGCGUCACUAUGAAUGGGGACGGCGAUGACCCCUUUGCACAUGAUCACGACGAAGAGACAAGCAAGUCCAAGGUCAAGGAUAUGCCCCCUGUCAGCUCACUGGAUCAUCUCAACUCCAUACUCUGUCGCCUUGUUGAGGAUGAGCUGCUCGUACAGGUGAACUCCAAGAUGUUCCAGAGCUUCGAGGAUGUUCAUGGCGAGGUGCAGGCCGACAUCGAGAGGAAGGAGUUCCCACAGGGCGUGAAGGGCACAAGAGAGAAGGAGCGCUACCAACGGUUGAUUUCUGAACGUCUGCGUGAAAUCAGAGAAGAGGGGAAAAAGCUCAAGAGAAAGCUAGAGGACAACCCCAUAUCUACCAAGCGGCGCAAGAUUCAAGAUGGCGAUGUCACAAACGGUUUUCAGGAUGUGUAUAGCGCACCUCCACUUGAUCCUGAUGCUGUUCUUCGUGUGAACCAUGAGAAGUUCUUGGUGGAAGUGCGAAACAGGAGACUGGCUGAUGCUGUUUGUGACGCAAUCGGAGAGACGACAGCGCAUAUAUACACGGUGCUUUUGAGCAUACUAACCAAGAAACUAUCACGCUGUCAAAAACACCCAAUCAUUGACGCUUUUGCCGAUGACGACGACGCACGCAACUAUGUGACGACAAACGAGGUUUUCGAUUCGCUGAGUCCAUCGCUCGAUGUCGGCUCAGGGAUUGGGAAAGUGGAUGCAAACAUGCUAGACCACCAUGCUGUGGAGAAAAUUCGGAGAACGCGUCCGAGACCAGUUGAGCCGUUUCUGCAGAAUGACGAUGAGGAAAUGAGUGACGACGAGGAUGGGGGAGCUAACGGUAUCUCCGUGAUCGAGUACGACGAAGAGCUGGACAAGCUCUUGCACAGGCAGCAGAGCGCGCCACCAACCACAAAUGGUACGAAGGAAAGCAAGGUCAAGUUCAAAGAACCCAAGGAAAGUCGGCUAUCUCAGAUGAGGCAGCACCUCCUCCUCUUGUGUGAAAGCAGCCAGGGCUUCCUCCGUCACUGUGGCAACGGCCAAUGGACUGUUGACUUCGAGCCACUUGUCCGUCGACUUCAAGAAACUGAGCUCGACACAGUCUUGGAGCGUACGGUUGGACGGCACUCACUGCGAUUGAUUCGCAUAGUGAGGAAGCGAGGCAAGGUUGAUGAGAAGUCUUUACCGAACCAGGCCAUGAUGUCCAAGGGAACUGUGCACAAGAUAAUGCUUGAGAUGCAAAUGCAUGGCUUUGUCGACGUGCAGGAAGUACCCAAGGACAGCACGAGGAACGCCAAGUCAACGAUCUUUCUUUGGUUUUGCGACACUGAAUCAUCGCUCAGCCAACUGCUUGAUAACACAUACAAAACCAUGCUCCGCUGCUUGCAAGUGCGCGAGGUACAUCGUCGAAACGCUCGUGAGGUCUUGCGCUUCGUUGAGCGGCCGGAUAUCAAGGGUCGGGAGCAGGAAGCGCUCGAAAAGAAGUAUUUUGAUCGCUACGACCAGUAUCGACGUAUCGAAGAUAAGAUACUGGGACAUGUCAUGCGGCUAGAUGACAUUAUCUCGGUAUUAAGGGAUUAUUAA